AUGUCGCAACCAGCUGACAAGAACGCUUUCGCCAAUCGCACCGUCAUUGUAACCGGGGCCGCCGGUAGCAUCGGAGAGCCUUUAUGUAUUGCCCUUGCUAGAGCCGGGGCCAACGUGAUUGCCAACGAUCUUGGGUGCUCCCCCGAUGGCAAAGGCUCCUCAGUGGCACCGGUCACGAAGCUGGUAGAUCAGAUAACCAGCGAGGGGCUUUCGGCAGUGGCAGAUACUCACAAUGUAGCCAAUGAAGCACACAAAAUCGUGGCAGAUGCCAUUGCUCGUUUCGGCCAGAUCGAUGCCAUAAUCAACAAUGCGGGAAUCAUUCAGUAUGGCCCUGUUGAGGACCAAAGCCUAUCCGGCGUGAAGGAGAUUUUCGAAGUCAACGCGUUAGGUGCUUACGCUCUCUGCCACUACGCCUGGCCACACAUGAAGAAACAGAAAUAUGGACGUAUUGUGAACUUCACCUCAGACUCAGUUUUCGGCAUGCCCAACAGCUCCGCCUACGUGAUGGCACGGGGAGCAAUGCUCGGGGUAACUCGGACCCUCGCGGUUGAAGGCAUCUCGCACGGCAUCCUCGUGAACACAGUGGGACCGUCAUCUUACUCGCGCAUGGUCGCAGAUGUGUCAAAGGACCUUCCUAAGGCACAAUUGGAGUGGUUUAAGGCGACUUAUACAGGAGAAUCCAACGUGGCGGUCCUCAUGGCUCUGGCGAGCGAGAAGAACAAGAUUUCAGGCGAGAUAUGGACCUCUGGGGCCUACUCUAUGGGGCGGACUAUCCUGGGUACCGUGGAGGACGUUAGAAAUGUCCGCACAGUUGACCAAUGCAUUGAUGCAAUGGCCGAGCUCAAGAAGACGGAUAGGGAGUGGACAGAGCCACACAGCAUCCAGGAGUUUCUUAUGUUUAAAGGGAAAGGGGCGGGACCUUAA